AAGCGCAACUCGCGAUGGGUCGAAGGCCUCAUCUCAGCCGCUCGUGCCGUGGGCAGUGCAAGCUCGUUCCUUGUUGAUACCUCAGACAAGGCUCUACACGGCGAUGCCAAACUGGAGGAGAUUAUGGUUUGUGGCCAAGAGAUUGCUGCAAGCACGGCGCAGUUGGUGUCGGCCUCCCGCGUCAAAGCGCGCCUUGACAGCCCCAACAAGGCAGAACUCGAGAAUGAUUCUAAAUCAGUGCAGGUGGCGACUCGUGCCUUGAUCGAUGCCGUGCGCGAGGCGUGCCACAAGUCGCGGGAGGCACAGUCUGCCCAAGAUUACCUGAAGCUCUCUUUGACACAGACAAAGCGACUGCAGAUGGACUCGCAAGUGCGAUGCUUGGAGCUUGAGGCUGAAUUGCGUCAUGAACAAGAGCGCUUGCGCCAGCUUCGCAAGGCCACAUAUCACCUGGCUGAGCAGAAUGGGGUAUGUUCUCCGGUUUCAACCUCUAUCGUGCGGCAUGGAGAAAACUGGUGUGAACUUGCCGCUUCUUGA